GCACUGCCUAUGGGCUGUUUCCGCACUGGGAUCUGGCUGGCUUAACUUUGUGCCCACAGGCCCUGAAGCAUAAGGCUGCUUGCUCAGCUAUGGCCCGUUUGCUCCAGCCUGUGUGCUGGCGGCUGUUCCCCUGGAGGGGUUACUGUUCCCAGAGGACGCAGGGAGAACUCAGCAAGGGCUUUGUAGAAGCUCUGAAGGCAGUUGUGGGGAGCUCCCGAGUAUCUACUACUGCUAUUGUCAGAGAUCAGCAUGGGCAUGAUGAAUCGGUGCACAGGUGCAAACCUCCGGACGCUGUGGUGUGGCCCCAGAAUGCAGAGCAGGUCAGUCGGCUGGCCGCCCUGUGCUAUGGCCAUGGACUCCCCAUCAUCCCCUUUGGCACGGGUACCGGACUGGAGGGAGGCGUCUGCGCCGUGCAGGGUGGUGUCUGUAUCAACUUGACCAUGAUGGACCGAAUCCUGGAGCUGAAUCCAGAAGACUUCUCCGUGGUGGUGGAGCCUGGCGUCACCCACAGAGCUCUCAACACCCACCUGCGGGCCAGCGGCCUCUGGUUUCCUGUGGACCCAGGAGCAGAUGCCUCUCUCUGUGGCAUGGCAGCCACCAGGGCUUCAGGCACCAACGCUGUGCGCUAUGGCACCAUGCGGGACAACGUGUUGAACCUGGAGGUGGUCCUGCCAGAUGGCCGACUGCUUCACACUGCUGGCCAGGGCCGCCACUUCCGGAAGAGUGCAGCCGGCUACAACCUCACCGGGCUCUUUGUGGGCUCUGAGGGAACGCUGGGACUCAUCACUGCCGCCACCCUGCGCCUGCACCCUACCCCGGAGGCCACAGUGGUUGCCACCUGUGCAUUCCCCACUGUGCAGGCAGCUGUGGACAGCACGGUACACAUCCUCCAGGCUGCAGUGCCUGUGGCCCGCAUUGAGUUCCUAGAUGAUGUCAUGAUGGACGCCUGCAACAAGUACAGCAAGUUGAACUACUCCGUGGCACCCACACUCUUUUUUGAGUUUCAUGGUACCAAAGAGGCACUGGCAGAGCAGGUGCAGCGGGCAGAGGAGAUCACCCAGAACAAUGGAGCCUUCCACUUCUCUUGGGCCAAAGAGGCGGAGGAACGCAGGCAGCUCUGGGCAGCGCGACACAAUGCUUGGUACUCUGCCCUGGCUCUACGGCCAGGCAGCAAGGGAUAUUCCACUGAUGUGUGUGUGCCUAUCUCCCGGCUGCCAGAGAUCUUGGUGCAGGCCAAGGAGGACCUGAAGGCCUCAGGAAUCACAGGAGCCAUUGUUGGGCAUGUGGGCGACGGCAAUUUCCACUGCAUCCUGCUGGUAGACCCAGAGGACCCUGAAGAGCUUCACCGGGUAAAAGUCUUUGCAGAACAGCUGGGCAGGCGAGCACUGGCUCUCCAUGGAACAUGCACAGGGGAGCACGGCAUUGGUCUGGGCAAGCGGCAUCUGCUGCAGGAGGAGGUGGGUGCCGUGGGUGUGCAGACCAUGCGGCAACUCAAGGCUGUACUGGAUCCCAAAGGCCUCAUGAACCCAGGCAAGGUGCUGUGAGUGGGGCUCCAAACUCUGGGCCUGCAAGCCCUCAGACAACAGAACCUCCAGUUCUGGAAGCAUUGACACCACAGGACAACUCUGCCUUGGCUCAGUCCUGCAGGGUUCUGUAGCUGCCUCCCCCCAGUUGGGGGUCAGGAGCAGAGCCUGAGGGACCCAGCACCCUUAAUCUGCCUGGUGAAAGGGAUCCUCCUUUCUUGGUAUAGAAAGAGAUUCUCCUUCAUGUUGCAGGUCUUCUCCACAGCCCCCCAAAUAAACCUGAGCCACAUCUUCAGCUGCAUGGAGUAGGCAGCACUUGUGAACCACCUCUCAUGCCCAUCCUCCCCAGGUUGCCCAUGACACUCUUAACCCUAGCCAUUGGCCUAUCCUCGGACUUGAUGCAGCCCCAGGAGAAGGUGGCGCUAAGGCUACAAAAUAGGAAGCUUGCUUUCAGGGCUCUGAACUCCUGUCACAACUACUCUGCUUGUGAGCACUUGCUGUGGUGCCACCAGCAAACUUGACCCUGUUGAACCUGGACUGGGUCUUAGAUCUGCUCCUCACUCCCACCCGCACAGCACUGUUCUGGUUUACAGUGAUGUUGGGGCCUUUGGUGCCUCAGGCAUGGAAGUCUUUUUGCAUAACCAUUAUGUUAUCACCCCAGCCCUUUAGAAUAUUUUAAUCAGGACCAGUGGUGGUGUGCCUGGAUUGCCAGCUACAAAAUGCACAAGGACCUGGGUUCAAGCCCUAGGUCCCUAUCUGCGGGGGGUGGGGGGCGCUUCAUGAACAGUAAAGCAGGGCUACAAGUGUCUAUUUUCCCCACUCUGUAUCCCCUCCCCUCUUAAUUUCUCUGCCUCUAUGCAAUAAAUAUGUU